GAUAUAAAGCUCCUACAGCUACCUGGCCUGAGAAGCCAACUCAGACUCAGCCAACAGAGAUUGUUGAUUUGCCUCUUAAGCAAGAGAUUCAUUGCAACUCAGCAUGGCUCAGACCGGCUCAUACUUCAUGCUGAUCUCCUGCCUGAUGUUCCUGUCUCAGAGCCAAGGUCAGGAGGCCCAGACAGACUUGCCCCAGGCCCGGAUCAGCUGCCCAGAAGGCAGCAAUGCCUAUCGCUCCUACUGCUACUAUUUUAAUGAAGACCGUGAGACCUGGGUUGAUGCAGAUCUCUACUGCCAGAACAUGAAUUCGGGCAACCUGGUGUCUGUGCUCACCCAGGCAGAGGGUGCCUUUGUGGCCUCACUGAUUAACGAGAGUGGCACUCAUGACUUCAAUGUCUGGACUGGCCUCCAUGACCCCAAAAAGAACCGCCGCUGGUACUGGAGCAGUGGGUCCCUGGUCUCCUACAAAUCCUGGGACAUUGGAGCCCCAAACAGUGUUAAUCCUGGCUACUGUGUGAGCCUGACCUCAAGCUCAGGUGAGAGACAGAGAAUCCAUCCACCUCUUUCUGUUCUCUCCUGCUUAGCUCUAGGGAUGGAACUGGGACUGGGAUAGAGGAAAGGUGAACUCCUCAUUAAGGAAAUGGGUGUUUGGUUUUUGUCCUGAGUCCUAAAGCCAGGAGGGUCAUACUCUUUCUGGUCUCCCAAGUCUAACUCUUCUCAUUGACUUAUAGGAUUCCGGAAAUGGAAGGAUGUGCCUUGUGAAGACAAGUUCUCGUUUGUCUGCAAGUUCAAAAACUAAGGGCUGCUGGAAAAUAGAUGUCUAGAACUGAUCCAGCAAUUACUACGGAGUCAAAAAUUAAACUGGACCAUCUCUCCAAUGCAACUCAACCUGGACACUCUCUUCUCUGCUGAGUUUGCCUUGUUAAUCUUCAGUACUUUUAUCUACUCCAGUCUCUGGAACCCUAAAUAAUAAAAAUAAACAUGUUUCCACUAU